UGCAGCAGCAGCAGCAGCAGCAGCAGGGCGGAAAAGGCGGGAGAAGACUGCCGCUUCCGCGUCCGCGCACAGACACAACGCUGGGGCAAAAUGGACGAUAAGUUAAUAUUGGCAGUAUUUAAUUACCCAGAGCUGUACAAUGUCACUUUACCGAAUUACCGCUGCACAGAAAGUCGGGUAAAUGCCUGGAGGAGCAUCAGUAUCAUACUGGGUCUCCCAUCCGAGGAAUGUAAAAGAAAAUGGAAGAACAUGAGAGACCGGUACUUGAAGGAAGUCCGAAUGGAGAUCAAAAGCAAGAAACAAGGAGAGAUCAUGCAAAGCAGAUGGAAAUAUAGACAACUUAUGAACUUUAUCGCACCCUUCACUGGAUCAAGAAGUGGACUGGCAGACAUCAGCGGCAACAAUGACGAUGACCACGAUAAUCCUGACAACGAAUCGGGCAGCGCCGAGGAGAAACCACACCAACUGAGGCGGUCAAGACGCCGCAGUCCGCCUCAAAGGUCCCUGUGAGUCAACCUGACCUCAAGCCCCAGGUAGCGUUUGUGACGCAGAUCCCUUCAAUCUCUCAAGACACACAGAUGGCUCAACUGGCUGUUCUGGCUAAGAUGCCAUUGUGCUCACAGAUCACCCCAAUCAGCAAAACCGGACGAAAACGACGCCUGAUGCAAGAGUCGCUUUCGCUGUCGUCUUCUCAAAGUGCAUCAUCUCCUGCGAAGUGGCUGGUCAAAGACAAUGGCGCCUCGUUUCCCAACAGGCCACGGGAUGAGGACGAACUGUUUCUCCUGAGCUUCGUCCCCGCUCUUAAGCGUCUCGCUCCGCAGAAAAGGUGCGAGACAAAAAUAAAGAUCCAGCAGAUUAUGUAUGAGGCAGAGUUCAACGUUGCACAGCCAGGAUCUCAAGAGAAACAGAUGGAGGCAGCCACACAGGACUAAGCCAAACUGACUAUUUUUAUACUUUGUACUUUCUAAAAACCUCAUCCACAAAAUGACCAAAAUAUCUAUUUUUCUUUUUUUUAUAGCACGCAGUGGUUGAGUCUGAAGUACAUCCUUUUUUAAUGUGAAAUUCUCACAAUGAGGAAUACUAAACAUACUGCUAUCGAGCAAGUUUCUGAGUUUUUUUCCCACACUGCUGUGAUUUGGUGUGUC